UGGGAAUAUUGAUAUCUGAGAAUCCAAUCCAUCGUCUUCAUCACCACGACAUCUCAAACCCUAACCUUACCGUGACUGAGAUCUCAUCGGAUCCGGUGGAUCUAUGUCCGAUCUGCACCAUACUCAGCUCCCAACAGUUGAUUUGGUAUGCUGAAUCGGAACCAGAUUUAAGGAGGAAGGGAGCAGCAUGGGAGCUGAGAAGAAAUGGCUUUUCACUCUCUUCUCCGUUGUAUUUGUGUCGGUGUUACUGCUCUUGCUCUACUCAAUCUCUGCCUUCAGUUCUGCUAAGCCCUUCCCUUCCGCAAUCCGUCACGGGGCUCAUUACCCACCCUCCUUCGCCUACUACAUCACCGGUGGUCGUGGAGACAAGGACAGGAUAUUUCGCUUGCUGCUCGCUGUUUAUCACCCCAGGAAUCGCUAUCUUCUGCAUCUGAGCGCCGAUGCCACCGACGACGAGAGGCUUACACUCGUGACCGACUUGAAAUCCGUGGCUGCUGUGAAUGCCUUUGGGAAUGUCGAUGUGUUGGGGAAGGCAGAUCGUCUCUCUCACAUGGGCGGUUCUCACACUGCUUCCACCCUUCACGCUGUCUCCAUCCUCCUCAAGCUCGAUCCCUCUUGGAAUUGGUUCAUCCAAUUGAGCGCCUUCGAUUAUCCCCUCCUUACUCAAGACGACUUAUCCCAUGUGUUCUCCUCGGUAAACCGAAACCUCAGUUUCAUUGAUCACACCAGUGACCUUGGGUGGAAAGAAUCUCAAAGAAUCCAGCCUAUUGUUGUCGACCCAGCUCUUUACUUGGCCAGAAGAACUCAGCUCUUCACUGCUACAGAGAAACGGCCAACACCUGAUGCCUUCAAAGUUUUUACAGGCUCACCUUGGAUUGUGCUGAGCAGAUCUUUCCUAGAAUACUGCAUCUUCGGUUGGGACAACUUACCCCGAAUCCUCCUUAUGUAUUUUAACAACGUUGUUCUGUCAGAGGAAUGCUACUUCCACACCGUAAUCUGCAAUGCACCAGAGUUCAGAAACUCGGCAAUUAAUGGUGACUUACGGUACAUGAUAUGGGACAGCCCACCGAAGAUGGAGCCCCAUUUCCUCAAUGUCUCAGAUUAUGAGCAAAUGGCUCAAAGUGGGUCAGCGUUCGCAAGACAGUUCCAGCAAGAUGAUCCAGUGCUUGACAUGAUUGACAGAGAGAUCCUGAAGCGUGGGCGUUACCGGGUUACUCCAGGAGCUUGGUGCUCAAGGCACGGCAGCUGGUGGACAGACUCUUGCUCGCAGUGGGACAAUGUCAACGUAGUGAAGCCUGGACCUCAGGCGAAAAAACUAGAGGAGACCAUAACAAAUCUUCUUGACGAUUGGAAUUCACAGGCGAACCAGUGCAAGUGAAGGGUUGCUAGGAGAAGAGGGCGCACAUCACACAUUCUUUUGAGUCUGUAAUCUUAUUCUUUGGGCAACUUGGUCGCUGGAUUUAUAGGACAAGGAUAAGAAAAGGGAAGGAGUGAUUUUCUUCCCAGAUUUUGUAAUUCCUUGAAGAGCCCCUAGUUUAGUCUCCAAUGCUCGGAGAGGAUAUCCUUCUUGAUUUUACCAUUCGACGGAACGUGUUGUAUCCCUGACGAUGUCUAUAUGGGUUAUCCUUGAGACUGGCAGAGCUCAAGUCAUGAAUUCAUUCCCUGGACCGAAAUUCGUUUCCUUUUUA